AUGAAAGUUGGCGAAUUCCAAAAGGCAAUCGACGUGAAACCCAACGCGUAUUCUUCAUUUAUGACUCAGAAUGGGCCCGAGAAAGGCAAGGACUCAACAGUCUUCCUGUCUGCGUGGGCCUUUUUCAAGAAGCGGGAGAUGCUUGGUAUCAAACCGACACCGGCGAAGAAGAAGGCUGCUGCUGCGAAGGGGAAGGAUCCUAUGCCAAAUGUUGAUGAUAUUGAAUUGGAUGGGGAGAAAGAUGGUGAGGUACCCAUAUAUGACACCUGCGAUGAAAUCCGUCGCAAGAUUAACGCACACCUCAAGAAACCCGGCGUCACCGCCGCAGCAUUCUGCCGCGCCAUGGCCGGCUCCUUCAAGAAAGCACCUAGGAAGAUCUCAUCCGCCCAACUCUCAGCGUUUCGCAGUAAGAAGGGACCCUUUGCCGGUAACGCGUCCGGCGUAUUCUACGGCGCUUAUGUAUACUUUGAAAAACUAAGGAUCAAAGAGGGUAAGCCAAAAAGUCAAAGAAGAGGCUGGAGAUGGAGGAAAUUCAUGGACCGAAGGGGCUGGAAAGGAAACAUAUGA